AGUGGGUGUACGGCGGAUGAAUUACAAGUUAUUCUAGGUUUGUUCUUGUCUGAGUUUGAAACAUAUUUUGUUAAAGUUUAAAGUAUUCGACGAAAUAAAUCAAAAUGGUUCACGGAGGAAUGUCAAUAAUUAAAUAUCUAACAUUUUUCUUCAAUUUUCUUUUUGUGUUAUUUGGCCUCGUAUUUAUAAUCAUUGGCAGUUUGGCUUUAGGAGGAGUGAAAGAGUUCUCAAAACUUUCUUCAAAUUUACAUGCACCAAUUAUUUUGUUAAUUGUCUUGGGAUGUGCUGUCCUUUUGUUGUCUUUCUUCGGUUGCUGUGGUGCCAUAAAGGAAAAUUACUGCAUGCUGAUGACUUUUUCUGUUAUCAUAUUUUUGAUAUUCAUUGUUGAAUUAGCUGUUGGAAUAUCUGCCUAUGUAUUCAGAAAUAAAAUAUCUGAUAAUAUAAAGAGUGUUUCUAAAGAUUUAUUGGAAAACUAUAAUAAAGAUGCAAGUGACAAAGACUUUUGGGAUGACAUACAAACAACGUACAACUGUUGUGGUAUUGAUGGCCCAAGAGAUUGGAAUGGAACCUUUCAUUUUCCUGACCUACCUAGUUCAUGCUGUGUUAAAAAUGAAACAACAUGUACAUAUGAAAGUAAAAGUGUUCGAGUUGAGGGGUGUUACGAUAAAAUUGAAAAAAUUUUAAAGGAAUACAGUUGGAAAAUUGGAAUUGCUGCUCUUGUGAUUGCAUUCUUACAGUUGGUGGGAAUGAUUUUUGGCUGCUGCCUUGCACGGUCAAUCAAGAAAGAAUAUGAAACUGUAUAGCAGUCAUCAGCCAUUAAAAUUGUUUUAAAACUUUAUUGAUUACUGGUGAUUGGUUUGUUUCUUAAAAAAUUUUGCAAAAAAUGUAAAUUUCAUAUGUUAUUCCCAGAAUUUACAAAUCUAGUAACUUUGAGGACAAAUAUUGUUCAAAAUGUCAACUUUUUAUUGUUCAUACGUAACUUUCACAAGUUGCACACUGCCUCUUGUUAAUGUAUGAAAAUGUUGAAUAAAUUAUAAAAGAUUUAAUUUUUGA